GCGACGUGUGGACUGCGUGCAGAGCUCUCAAGGGCCUCGCAUACCUACAGUACAUAGGCCCCUUCUUCCGAGCCCAGCAGCUUCCAACCAGUACCUCAUCUCUCCUUGCUCGGGCUGGCAGACUCCAAGAUGUCCGACGACCUUUCCCCGCUCUUAGGAGGCGAGAAACACACGCCGCUCAUCACCCCGACUCCGGACAACCGCAGGCGAUCUACUGUUGCGCCCGCUGGACUCACCAAACGGACGUGGGUGGUGAUGGUAGUGGCGUUGUGCGUGCUGUUGUUUGUGCUGUUGGGGUCGAAUUUGGUGAGUACGCGUGCGUGGAACGAAGUGAGCGAUGAUUGCGGAGCGAUAGCGAGGAGAAUGCUUGAGGGCCGAGCGAAGCGGGGAGAAGGCGAGCGUCAACCCGUCUUUAUCUUCAAGCGCGACCACCAUGCCUUCCCACCAAGCAUCGCUCAGCAGACGGUCCCAGCAAAGCCAUACGGUCCCGACGACAACCUUUGCGAUCCCGCAAACCUCAUCCCUUACUUUCCGUCUCCGGACCACUGGAGUGUUGAUCCUGCAUCUAUUUCCGGAGUAAACAUAACGGUCCACGGGGUUGCACUCGGACACCUCUUCAUCACCGAAUCCGACGCGCGCUCUGUCACCCUCUCCACCCGAUUCCAAGUCCACAACACCAUACCGUCCGACAUCGACAUCAGUGGGACAAUCGAGCGCACCAACGGCAUGUUCACUCUCCUCGUUCAGGCGUCUCAGAGCCCCGCAGACUGUGUCACGGCCGAUAUCUACCUCGACAUUCCCGCCGGGGCGAGUAAGCGGUUAGGUCUUUAUGUUCUCGCUACGAACUAUAUGGACGUGCGGAUCGGCGUGAAUGGACGGCCGGUGCAUCUGGACUAUGCCGACGUCUUCACUUUUAGCGGGGACAUUACUGUCUUGGAGAACCUGCAAGCCGAAUCAUCGGUCGACUUGACCAACUUUGGCGGCAACAUCCACCUCGCAAAGGGCAUCCAAGCCACCGGGUCUAUCGACUGCACGAUUGGAGGGCUCGGUAUGGUCGGCGGCAAUCUUACUGUUGCUGGGAACAUGAUCGCACAAAACAUCAGUCUCGUCGCGGGCUCUAGCGCCAACUACGGCGGGAUCACGGGCCAAGUCUCUGUCUCCGCGCACAGGUUCAGCAUGGCGCUGUACCUUGGUGACAUCGACUUGUCCAUUGGCUGGAUCCGUGACAAGCCCAAGCCGUCCAAUAUCGACGGCUUCUUCAUCUAUGGGGACGCAAAGCUGCAGUUCCGUGACGCGUUCUUGGGCACGUUUAUGGUCUCGGGCGGCGAGGCGGAGGUCAGCGGGGAGGAUGUGCAUUUGGAGAAGGGGUUUCCGUUGCCACAUUUUCCGGGGUAUCCCGUGGUUAGGGUUGGCCAUGUGGGGGAUGGAUUGGGCAAGCAGCGGUUGGAGUUCAAUGGGAAUUCGGGGUCGGUGUAUGUGGAUUUUGGGAGCGGGGUGCGGAGGACUUAGCGGCGUUGAUGUUCAUUUGCCUCAUCAUUGUUAGACGUAGAGGGAAGCAGACGUAGAAUCAUAGACCAUUCUUAGGUGGAUCUGGAUCUAGCUCUUUAUCGUCGUAAUUGUACAGAGAUCAAGUUUGCGAGGGUAGUCUACGAGAAAGGGGCCCUGCAUAUCGGUCGGCAUCA